UCUACGGCUGGCUGCGGGAAAAGUAGAGGGGGGGAAGAAAAGCAGAAUUACCAGUAGCUCUGGUUCUGCCGUCCCGGGCGCUCGCUCUCCCUCGCGCGCACACACACACCUUUACCUGCACAGACUUGAAAGUCCAGUUUCACCAGAGAGACUGAGGCACCUGGAAAAGGGGAGAGAGUUCAUUGGAUCAAACAUGUCACAAGAGACGGACAAUAAAAACCGGCUUGUGACCAUAGUGCCGAGUGAUGCUCCGUUCAAUUCUAGAAGAGCCUACACAAGUGAAGAUGAAGCUUGGAAAUCUUACCUGGAGAAUCCCUUAACAGCAGCUACUAAGGCUAUGAUGAGCAUAAAUGGCGACGAGGACAGUGCUGCUGCUCUUGGAUUACUGUAUGAUUAUUAUAAGGUUCCAAGAGAUAAGAGAUUGUUGUCAGUUAGCAAAGUGAGUGACAGUCAAGAAGACCAAGAUAAAAGAAGCUGUCUUGUCACAAGCGAAGCUCAGAGUAACUUGAACAGCAGCAGUGAAAACAGAGUGCAGGUGUUGAAAACCGUCCCCGUGAAUCUCUCUUUGAAUCAGGAACAGCUGGAGACAUCCAAAAGGGAGCAGUUCAGCACCAGUGUGUCUGGAAGCCCAACCUCAAUAUCUGUGACGGGAGUCAUGGUGGUAAAAGCAGAAGACUAUACCCCUGUUUACAUGACUCCAUCAGUGCAUUAUGCAAGGGGAGAAAAUGAGGAGCACCGGGGAGUUAUAUUUGAACAUGCACAUUAUGAAGUGCCCAGCAUCACACCCCAUGCAACUUACAUGAAAGACGACCAACGCAGUACUCCUGAUAGUGAUACUUUCCAAGAUGGUGGUGCAGAGAAAUUUCGCAGUGGUUCUGUGGGACCUGAGGAAUACAUUUAUGAACAAACAGCCAGCACAUUUCGAUAUACUUUGGAAGCUACCAAAUCUUUGCGUCAAAAACAAGGAGAAGGACCGAUGACCUAUUUAAACAAAGGGCAAUUUUAUGCCAUCACACUGAGUGAGACUGGAGACAACAAAUGUUUCAGACACCCAAUCAGCAAAGUCAGGAGUGUGAUCAUGGUUGUCUUUAGUGAAGAUAAAAACCGAGAUGAACAGCUGAAGCACUGGAAAUACUGGCAUUCCCGGCAGCACACAGCUAAGCAGAGGGUUCUUGACAUUGCUGAUUACAAAGAAAGCUUCAACACAAUUGGGAAUAUUGAAGAAAUUGCCUAUAAUGCAGUGUCCUUUACCUGGGAUGUCAACGAAGAAGCAAAGAUUUUCAUCACGGUGAACUGCCUGAGCACAGACUUCUCUUCUCAGAAAGGAGUGAAAGGGCUUCCUUUGAUGAUCCAGAUUGAUACAUACAGCUACAACAACCGCAGCAACAAGCCCAUCCACCGUGCCUUCUGCCAAAUCAAAGUUUUCUGUGACAAGGGUGCUGAGAGGAAGAUUCGAGAUGAAGAGAGGAAGCAAAACAGGAAGAAAGUGAAAGGCCAACUAUCACAACCCCCGUGCAGCAAUGCUGAAGGGAAACUCGCUGCUGUCCCUCUCCAGAAGAAGAGUGACAUCACCUACUUCAAAACAAUGACUGACCUGGAUUCCCAGCCUGUUCUUUUCAUACCGGAUGUUCACUUUGGGAAUCUACAAAGGACUGGGCAGGUUUACUACAACCCAGAUGAUGAGCGAGAAGGAAGUAUCUUAGCUAAAAGGAUAUUCCGGCCAGUAGAGGAAGAAUUUGGCCCACCGCCGCUGAAGCAAAUAAAAGAAGAAGGAGCCAAAAAAGUGCUGCUAUAUGUGAGAAAAGAGGCUGAUGAAGUGUUUGAUGCUUUGAUGUUGAAGUCUCCCACUGUAAAAGGCCUCAUGGAAGCGAUUUCUGAAAAGUACGGCCUUCCAGCUGAGAAGAUUACAAAGCUUUACAAGAAGAGUAAAAAGGGGAUCUUGGUAAACAUGGAUGAUAACAUAAUUGAACAUUACUCCAAUGAAGACACUUUCAUCCUGAACAUAGAGAGUGUGACAGAAGGCUUCAAAGUCACAUUGACGGAGAUCUAAUCCCAUGUCGCAUCUCGUUUUAAGGAACAGUUCCUCUACAGCCCUGACUGCUGACUAAUGCUGAGGAAAGAGGGCGUUACAGAACUUCAUGGCAAACAACCAUAUUCGUUUUUGCCCCAGGAAACAAGUCUAACACAACUUCUGAUUAUUCCUUAUUUAUUGCUCCUCACUCUGCAUUGUGUAAAUAAUCAGUGGACUUUGGACUUCACCAUCUCACCCUCCACUAGGGUGAAAUUGUGACUUAUUAAAAAAAAAACACCGCUGUUUAGUAUGGAAGAAAAUGGAUCUGAGGAAUCGUGGUCUUCCAGUUGGGACAAUACAAGCAAAACUGCAGCCUCAGAAGCAAAUUGCUAGAAAGUCUGGUAAUAUCAUUCAUGCAGAGGUAAUGAUGGGAAAGUGGCUGAUGACGUCCACCUGUGCAGAACUCCCACCAAUAACUGAGUGUAACAUGUGGUUUAGCCAUAAAUCCCCAAGUGCUUCCCCACCUGUGGCAAAGGGGGUUGGCUAAGUAAGGCACUCAGAUGGCCUGUAAUUUGUAAGUAAAACACCAUCCGUUUUAACCCUUUGUAUAUAAUGUUUAUAAUAUGUAAUAAUAUAUUCUUCCUGUCUGUGUG